AUGGAGGCUGUGAGCGCGCUGCUGGCCGGCUGCCCCACGGGCGGCCUGGCCGGCGGCCUCGGGGUCACCGUGUGCGCCGCCGCCGGCGUGCUGCUCUACAGGAUCGCGCGUAGGAAAAAGCCGACGCACGUCACCGUCAACUGCUGGUUCUGCAAUCAGGACACCGUCGUGCCCUACGGGAACCGCAACUGCUGGGACUGCCCCAACUGCGAGCAGUACAAUGGCUUCCAGGAGAACGGCGACUACAACAAGCCCAUCCCCGCGCAGUACCUGGAGCACCUGAACCACGUGGUGGCGCACACGGCGCCCUUCUGCGACGGCGCCCAGCCCCAGCAGUGGGUGAGCAGCCAAGUCCUGCUGUGCAAGAAGUGCAACAACCACCAGACCACCAAGAUCAAGCAGCUGGCGGCCUUCGCCCCGCGCGACGAGGGCAAAUAUGACGAGGAGAUCGAGGUGUACAGGCACCACCUGGAGCAGAUGUACAAGCUGUGCCGGCCCUGCCAGGCUGCCGUGGAGUAUUACAUCAAGCACCAGAACCGGCAGCUGCGGGCUCUCCUGCUCAGCCACCAGUUUAAGCGGCGGGAGACAGACAAGGCCUCCAUGCAGAGUGUCUGUUCUUCGCCGGUGACUGCUCCAGCCCAGGUCAUCCUCCUCCGCUUCCUGGCCUUUCUGCUCUGCAGCUUCCUGCUGGUCACCGCCCUGUACGGCUCCGGCCAUCCCUUCGGCCCGGCCGCCUCCUGGACCCCUGCUUUGCUGGCAGGGGGAAACGUCUCCUCUCCCGGGACCUCGGCCUCCUCCAACACCAGCGCAGCCCCGGGCUGGCAGCAGCUGCUCCAUCUGCUUCCCGAGCAUGUGUUGGAGAACCUCCGUGGGGCCUGGGACUUCGGCCAGAGCCACCAGGUGGCAGUGGUGGCGUCGGGCCUGCUCACCUGCCUCCUGGCCAUGCUGCUGGCCGGCCGCAUCAGGCUCCGAAGGAUUGACGCCUUCUCCUCGUUCCUGUGGUUUCUGGUCCUGGGGCUGCACCUGGUGGAACGCUACUUAGACAUGGACCCCCCCAGCUGGCUGGACACACUCAAGUUCAGCGCCACGUCCUUGUGUUGCCUGGUGGGCCUCACUGCAGCCGUGGCUACCCGGAAAGCAACGGGCCAGCGGAGAUACAGGCCCCGAAGGUAUCUCUCGGGAGACUCCAGUUCCUUCUUCCCCAGCAGCAAUGGCCUGGCCUUCCCCUACCGCUCGGUGUCGCCUUCUCUCUUCGUUCCGACCCCACCCGCCUUCUUCCAGCUGACCCAUCAGCAACUGCUCAGGUCCCCACGACGGACAUCCUCGUCCUCCCUGCCGGGACGACUCCACAGGGCUCUGUCACUGGGGACCAUCCCCUCCCUGACUCGAACCGAUUCAGGGUAUCUUUUCAGUGGGAGCCGCCCACCAUCUCAGGCAUCUCAGUCCAAGGAGACAUCUAUGUCAGAUUACUUCACUCUGCUUUCUGGGAGCUGUGCCUCUUCCCCAAUUCCUUCUCCGACUCCUUCUGUGGCAGGUUCCGUGGCUUCUAGUUCUGGUUCCCUCCGCCUCCGCCGGCCACUCAUCAGCCCAGCUCGCCUCAACUUGAAGGGGCAGAAGCUUCUGCUUUUCCCAUCCCCUGGCGGGACCCCGAACACUCCCAGCAGCUCGGAUGAGCCCAGCAGCCCUGCAGAUGGCAGUCUGCUCAGCACCGAGUUCUCUCGAUUCCCCAGGAAGAGGCAACCUCCCCAGGGCUUCCAGGGCAUACGUGGAAAGUCCUUUCUCCAUCAGACUGGAAGAGACCUGCGGUCCCACAUUGAGAGGGGCCGCAUCUACAGUGACCGCUUCAUCAAAAGAGAGGACGACUCCUCGCACUCGUCGGCCUGUGUGGUGGACACCACUACCAAAGGGUGCCUAGAGGAGGCGGUGGGCUGGAGAGGUCGUUUCAGCAAUUCCCUCAUCCGAGGCCUCCUGGCCGUGAGCUUGGCAGCCAACGCUCUCUUCACGUCUGCCUACCUGUACCAGAGCCUGAGCUGAACCUGCCACCCCUCGCCCCUCUGGCUUACACUGCCAGGCCAGCCCGAAGGGCCCGGGACGCAUGGCGCCGCAGGUUAUCCUGCCCCCUCCCCUCCCACUGGGCCCUACUUGGCUCAAGGACCGAAUGCUUGUUGCUCCCACCACCACCAAAGACCUUGGGGGGCCCGUGGUAAAGACCCCCCCAGGGCGGCCGACUCACUCUCCAGGGAACUCCUGCCCGUGUCUCUCCAGCCCUUCUCCCUCGAACCCCCGUGACUUCUCUCCUUCCAGUAUUGGAUGUUGCUGCAGAGGAAGAAUCAAAGAGGAGAUCCCAGCCAGUUCUUGGCACAAACCUUUCUCUCCUCAUCCCAUUUUUUGAACAAGGUGGCUGCUUCCCUUAAGUGCUCAGACCCUUAGGUGCUGAGUGUCUUCUGUGCCCUGCCCACGGGCUCUCUGGUUGAUUCCCUCAGGCUGCAUGGCCUUGG